AUGUUUGAAGAAACUAACCCAGUUAACAAGUCAUUUGGUUUAUCUACGACAGAUUCCUUAGAGAAUGAUGAGAGCCUUUCUCCUAUUCACCUGUUUGUCCUUGGACAUAGAAGAUCUGAAUCAGUUUGUCUCAGAAACGGAUCUAGCAAUGACGAAUCAGAAACAACCCAGUUUAGUUUACAUAGUCCCAGUACCAUAGGUCUGGCUGCACAAUACUGUAAUACGACAUAUGAUGGUAAGAAUAAUUUUAUUGAUUUGGAUGUUGUUACCAUUGAAUCUGAUAAAUUUAAAGAGAAGUUGAAUCUUGCAAAACAACUGUCUCCAAGAACAAUACCACCAGCCACAGGUGACACAACAACUCCAUUGACAAAAUUAUGUUUUAUAUCUGCCUUGUCUUUGGAUGUCCAUAGUGAUGUAGGUCUGAAAUCGACUUCAAAUUAUAUUUCACCAGCUAGUUCGAUUAAUCAGGAACUGCCGAUAACUUUGAUGGAGUUUUUGAAGUCUGAACCUACACAUGUUUGUCUGGCGCCAACUACUUCCAAACACAUUGCUGAUAAACAGUCUCACAAAAGAAAACGUCGACCUCAUCUGUUUGACGAAUCUAAUUACUUUAAAUUUGACUUCACGUACCACAAAAGCGAUAUAUAG